ACCUAAAAAAUUUCUGCAGCCAUGAGCGCGGUGCCGUAAGUCGCGUAGACGCGUUCGCUAUUGACGGUAGUUGAGUGAUCUCCAGUUUUGUGAAUAUCACUAUCGAUAAAUACGAACCAAAGAGAGAGGUGACGCGAUGACUGUCAUCGAACUGGAUACGGAGCAAGUAUUCGACGAUUUCGUCAAGUCCAAAGAGCUUACCGUCGUUCACUUUUAUACACCAUGGGCAGCACAGUGUUCUCAGAUAAACGAUGUGUUUGAAGAAAUGGGCAAGUUAGAGGAAUACAUGGAUGUGAAGUUUGCCAAGAUUGAGGCUGAGAAUGUACCUACCGUGUCUCAAAAGUCUGGGAUAACAGUAGUACCUACUGUUCUUCUAUUGAGAAACAGCCACAUAUUGGACAGAGUAGAUGGCGUCAAUACCAUCAAGUUAAAUGAAAAAAUCAAGCAUCAUUUAAAUAACAAGGAUGUGUUGUUGGACUAUUUAGCUAAGCCGAAAGAAUCUUUGGAAGAUCGACUGAAGAAACUAAUCAAUCAAGCAUCCUGUAUGCUAUUUAUGAAGGGGAAUCCUGAGCAACCACGAUGUGGUUUUUCCAGAACAAUCGUCUCUAUCCUGGAUGACUACAAAGCCGAUUAUAAAACAUUUGAUAUAUUACAAGACAAUGAAGUUAGGGAGGGACUUAAAAAGUUUAGUAAUUGGCCAACAUAUCCACAGUUGUACAUAAAUGGAGAUCUUAUUGGUGGAUUGGACAUUGUGAAAGAGAUGAAUGAGUCAGGCGAGUUAGAAAGUAUGUUACCAAAAAAAGACAGUGGUGAAAAAAGGAGUUAAACAUCAUCAAAACUGUUCCUUUAAUUGAUAAUUUUUCUGUGUUCUUUUGUACUUGAAAAACACCCUUGAAGUUAUUUUGUUCAAGUAAUAUGAUACAUAAACUUUUAAUAUGAUACAUAAAAUUUUGUGAGUCAGCUUGAAAUACAUAUGGAUUUAGUAGC